AUGCGCUCCUCCACCGCCUUCAUCCUCUCCGCCGCCCUGCUGGCCUCGUCCUCGGGCGCCCUCGCCCAAAACAACGCCGACAACUUCGCCGCCGACACCAUGCCCGACGGCUACGCCUACAGCUACGAGCGCAGCUCCGCCGUCGCCUCGGCCACGGCCGCCGCCUCGGCCACCGCCGGCGCCGACCCGGGCUACAGCGCCUCCGUCGGCAGCGGCGUCACGUCCUCCGGCGAGCCGGGCGGCGACUCCGAUAGCGGCGAUUCGUCAUCGUCGUCAUCGUCGUCGUCGUCGUCGUCGUCGAGCAGCAGCGCCUCGGGCUCGGCCUCGGACGGCGACUCCUUCCUCUCCGACACCAUGCCCGACGGCUACAGCUACACGUACACGGGCGGCGCCGCCGCCACCCCGGCCACCACCGCGCCCCUGGGCACCCCCGCCGCCGCCCACUCGCACACCGUCGCCGCCUCCGGCACGGGCGCCGCCACGGGCACGGGCGCCGCCACGACCGCCGCUGGCUCCGGCUCCGGCGACAGCACCGCGGCCGCUACUACUGCGGGCAGCGGCAGCACCGGCACCGGCACCGCCAAGUCGGCAGGCUCGACCAACAGCACCGGCGCCGCCGCGUCGUCGGCGGCGGCGACGACCGGCAUGACCACCAAGACGAGCGCGAAGAGCAGCGGCUCCGCGUCGGCGACGAGCGACUCGAGCUCCAGCAGCAGCACGGACUCUUCGUCCUCCUCGUCCUCCUCUUCUUCCUCGUCGUCGUCCUCGUCGUCGUCCAGCUCUGCGUCGGCGGCCGCGUCUUCGGGUGCGGCGAUGCCGGGGGCCGUCAUCUCGACUGGUGCGGUGAGCGGCGCUGUGUUGGCUGUGGCGGGGUGGCUGCUGGCGAUUUUGUAA